GGAAGGGCAGGGCGCUCCGGCCGGCCGGGCGGGGUGUGGAGCCAUGGACAAGCUGAAGCGGGUGCUGAGCGGCCACGACGCGGAGGAGCCGAGCGGCCUGGCUGAGGUUAUCGAUUCGACUUCGUUAGGUUGGGGCACCCGAGUGAAAGGCUUCAUUGCGUGUUUUGCGAUUGGAUGCCUGUGCUCGAUCUUGGGUAGUUGUCUGCUAUGGAUACCAAAGAAAGGGCUGGUACUCUUUGCAGUUUUUUAUACUCUGGGGAAUAUUGCAUCUAUUGGGAGCACUAUGUUUCUUAUGGGACCAAUGAAACAAUUGAAGCGGAUGUUUGAGCCUACACGUUUGAUUGCUACUAUUGUUAUGCUAUUGUGCCUCAUACUAACACUGUGUUCUGCUUUCUGGUGGCGUAAGGCGGGACUCGCGCUGCUUUUCUGCAUCUUACAGUUUUUUGCCAUGGCAUGGUACAGCAUUUCCUUCAUACCAUAUGCAAGGGAUGCUGUGAAGAAAUGUGUUUCAGUCUGUCUGUCCUAACAGGAAUUCUGGAUGCCUCACAAAGUUCUAGGAAGCUCUAGGUAGAACUGUGUUGAGAUCACUGUGUUGUGUAGUUUCCUACUUCUGUCUUGAACACGUGCCUUUCAGCUGCUUGUUAGAAGCUCCUUGUGUUACACCCAGCGUCUGCAAUUGCUUGGGUUGGUAAGCAAUGGUGUCUGUGGGACAGGGGGCUUGUGAUCAAAUGAAAUUCAGUCUGGCAGAAGAACUGGGCAGAGAUCCACAGUUUGUUAUGGUAAUUCUUGCAUGAAUUCGUGCAUUUGGUUUUGCAAAAGUUUCAAAGUAAUACGUGAAGUGUGUAAAAUGAAGACCUUGGCUCUGAUGGGACUGUGCCAGUUCUAGAGUUGAAAAUUGAUUUCUUACCAACAACUUGGGAUUUUUUUAAAUAGCCUUAUGUCACUUAAUCUUUGCACUGUUUGCCUUGGAUAAUGGAAUAUUGGUAUUCUUUCUUUUCUUGUCUCUCUUGCAAAAUCUUAGGUUUAUGAGACUUCUAAAGGAUGUAAUUUGAAAGUCAAACACUGUUGUGGACUAACCAUGAGAUGUUUGCAUCUGUAAUGAAGUAUUUAAUUCUCAGUCUAUACUGAUAGUGUUUCCUUAAACAAGGAAAGGGACAUUUUCCUCUGUAAAAACUUGUUGUUGUAGGAAAAGCACUUGUAAAAUAAGGUUCAUUGAUGUUUUCAGCCACCAGGAACCUGAGUUCUUCUCCUUGCUUACAGCUCAUGGUUACAAAGUAGGAAGCUGACAUUUUUCACAUGAAGUGAGGUGCUUCUCUUCUCCUCCAGCUGUAGCAUGAGAACAAUGCAAAGGGCAUGGUAGGCAAGCAAUAAAGGAAUUUAUGUAUAUCCUUUCUUAAAGGACAAACUGUCAUAAGGUGGAAGUGAGCUAUUGUUUUAAGCAGCCUGGGUCAGGGAGAAGACAUUUUCUUCUGAACUUGUAAAUAAGUUAAAACUCCAACAUUUCUCUUUGUUUCUUUGUAAGUGGAAUCAGUUUUGUUUCUGGUAAAACUCUUGCACACCCCAGUGAACUUCUCUGCACAGAGGAGAAAGCACAAUAUUCUAUUGCCUGUCGUAGCAAGGAGAGUUUGUAACAAUCCUGCUGCCAGCUCCAGGCAAAUGCUGAGCCAUCAGUAUCCAAAUUCCAAGGCCACUCUGCGCUCUCUUUAUCCUCUGAGCUACAUAUAAUCUUUUACUCCCACAGCAUUGCAGUGGUCAGUUUCAUAUCUGAGCACAGAUUCCUGCUUUUGCUGUGUGAGGUACUGUUUAACUGCUUUCCCCUUUCCUUUUACCAAACUGUCUUGCUGGAUGAUGAUUAUCCAGUGCAUUCUAGUGGGAACUGAAGCAUCUCUUCCUCAGUCUACCAAGAGUUUAGUUGUUUAAGAACAUUGGUUUUGCAUGGCAAGUGUAUCCCUGACUUGUACCACAAAGAUUUUAAUGUAGGAAAAACUUAGAUCUAUUUGGCAGUACAGUAUAAGCUCACAGUGAAGGCAAAUAGUUCUGUGGCUUCCAGAAAGUUAAUAAGAAUUUAGUUAAUCCAAAAUUUUUAAUUGAAGUGUCCUGAUAAUUUAUAAAGCUCAGUACCAUCCAGCUGUUAGGAUCCUCUAAAAAAAAAAAAAUUAAAGAUUCCCUUUUGCAGAUGGUAUCAAAGGGAGAUUUUGACGAGUGUUCUGUGGAUUCCAGGUGUCCAGAAUUACUGUUGCAAAGACAUUUGAAUGGAAAAUCCCACCUUGGAAAGAUGGGACUGAUGGUGGGAUGAAUCAAUUAUACAGGUUCAAGUGCUAUGUCCUGGUGCUUUUUUUAUCUCCCCGGAUUUAGAAGCUAGUGUUGAAAUAACUACAUUGACUAUUGCUCUUCUUGAAAAGAAUUGGUUAAAUGCCCAAGAGAGACUGGGAAUUAAAGAAAACUGAUACUUCUUUUCCCUGGCUGAUCUAAGACAAGUGUCCAAAGUGAUGUGUGUCUUUUUUAUCAGGGAGUAAGUUCAAAACCUAAUUUACAUCUGUCAAAGGACCUAAGCUAGUCUCUUCUUAGGACUUUGAUAAUGUUUACAGAAUUCCUUUGUAUAGGGGAAAUUGAAAGGCUACCCUAAUGCCUUUUAAAUUCCAAUAGUCCUUUAAUUUUAACAUCUCUGAAUGACCCUGGAAAAGCUACAAGUACAGUAUACAUUGUUUUUCCUUCCCCUCUCCAGCAAGGUUAUGUUAACCCUGAUCAUCAUUCCAGGUUCAGCAGCCAAGAUAAUGGAAUUUGACUUCUGGGGUUCUUUUUUUGGUUACUUCAGAUUAGGAGGAGUAAAAGCCUUUUGCUUAUUCCUUGGCUAGCUUGGGCAGGAUUCUGGUAGACUGUCUGGCAGUUCUUCUGGAAGAACAAUAGAAUGGGGUAUGUUGAAUGUUAGUUUUUCAACUUGCAGAGUAGCUAACUAGAACCUUUUAGCUGGCUCUUGUGAGUACAGCCACGCAGAAGUAGGAAAUUUAUGAAACUACCAAUAGAUAGCACAUAAAUGAUUAUUUUCCUUUCCCCCUCUCUUACCAGUUUCAGACUGUAAUUCCAGAUUCACAGCCUUUUAUUCAGUAAGAGAGAACAAAUCUUCAUUUGACUGCACAGCACAUGAGGCUAAGAAAUUGUGCCCUUACAGGAAGGGAAGCCAAGGGGAGAUGGCAAGGACACAAGGAUCACCAGAGUGCCACUGGGGUUUAUGUUGCCCUUUGGUGUUGUAUUCUGUUCCUGGGGACAUCAGACAGUAGGAGAGAUUUGCCUUAUUCUUGCCAACAUGUGAAAUAUACUCAGGGUUUGUCGCUUCAUCUACAAGCAGUUUUGGUUUAAAAUAGCUCUCCCAGAACAAAACUCUUUAGAUUUUUACUUUUAAGUAGUUGUGUUGAGGCUGUUGCCAAGUUUAACAGCAAAAGAGAUUUCCACUUUGUUGAAUACUUUAUUUUAUAUGAUUUUUACAUAACCAGGGAGUAAACUAUAUGAAUAUUCCUUCUUGAGUAGUUUUCAGUCUGAAUUAGAUUAUACCAUUUUACUUUUUUUUUUGGUCAUUAAACCUACUUUGUGUUACAUUUUGAUAUCAUCAGCUUUGGUUAUGUGCUUGGCAGGAGGCACGGUGAGCAUUUCUGAAGCUUUCUGUCUCACUGUCCUUCAGGCCAGGAAUGUUUGCUGUGUGCGCUCUGCUGUGAAUAGAGAGUUUGUGGUUUAAAUCACAAAGCUCCUUGCUUCCCAAAGUCCUUGCUCAGUUACCUACAGCACUUACCUCAAGGCUGAAUUCCCUAAGGAAACUUGUUUGAUGUUGGGUGCCCAUCUCAGUAGGAUUUGGUGUUCUAUCAGGAAGUGCUUUUUGCCCAGCCUCACUGUUGACCAACUUGUCCACUUUUUUUACUUUUUGCAGUACAGAUAACAUAACCUCAGCCAAGCAGCCUUAGUGUGCAGUUCUAGCAGGAAAUUUGUAUGUCCUGGAUCACCUGACUUUCCAGCUAUAGUAGAAGUGGAAAUGGGGAGGGUGGUAGUCAUGUAUUCCCAAAGUACUGGGACUCUAUGCAUUGAAAUGUGGGAUUUUUUUUUUCACUACUUCAAGGUUUUGCUCUGUUUUAUGUGAUGAAGUCCGUUAUGAAUACUGGUACUAUCUGAAAUGAUUCUACACUGAUGAUGCUAACAAUUUGAUCUCAUUUAGUAUUUACAGUAAUAAGAUUGUUCAUGAGCUGUUACAAAAACCAAGGACGAAUUUUCUGCCACAAGUUGAAAUUCUUUUCAGAAACCACGUUUUAAAAAGGAAAGCGUGUUGGGCUCUGUGUGUGCCUCCGACUUUCUGAGAACGGCUCUUGCUUCGUUUUGGUCCUUAAUCAUGUUCAUGAAAGUGAGAUCACUGUGCUAUUGUACACUGAGGAGGAGGAGGAUAUUUAAACACAUUUGUCUUAAAUACUGAUGUUUACAACCAUGGCAAAUACUGACCAUUUUGGAGAGAAAGCACAGAAAUGGUUUAUCCUCUUAAAACCACGUGCCUCGCUGUAAUGUGAGCACUAAAUUUUUGAACGGCUGUGGAAUCGUUUUGUAAAAUAAAAACCAGACUCAGAAAUUCUCUGCAAUGUUUUGUACUGUUACUGAUUCUGUUUGCUGAUGUGCUUUUUCUAUGUAUUUACACUGUUUGAUUUCUACUUUGAUAAAUAUUCUUUUUUCUGACUUACAACUUUUUCUCUAAUGAAGUGAAACCUUUACAAGUGCUGUUUUUUUCCUUCAAUAAAGUUAUCCCUGCAUUAAA